UUUCAUUCUCGUUUCGUUUCGAUUUUGUGUUUCCAGAUAGACUUUUUUUAUUUUCAUUCUCUCUUUGCAAAGUAAAUUUUAAAUACGGCACCGGUACAAAAUAAAUUUUUGUUUAAAUCGGACCUUGUUAAUACUUUUCAUCUAUAAAAGCAGUAUUUCGUAGAUACUUCCUUAUUGCUUUCCAAGUGUUUUUCAUAACUCUGUCAACAUAAACAAAAACAAAAUUGUCACUUAUUUGCUAUGAGUGUUCGUAAGAAAUGGGUAACAUCGGCUUUCAAUCAAAUCUCUACAAUGGAUGCCAAAGGAGCAACACCACCGGCAGCAGAAUGUUCAGAUGGGAGAUUAAGUAAAUCCAAAAAUUUGAAAAGGAAGUUGUCCGACGACCUGGGAACUGUCCAAAAAAUUGUAAAUAAAAAUGUAACAGAAAAUAUGUCGCAAAAAAAUUGGUUGAACACUUUCGCUCCCAGCAAUGUCAACGAAUUAGCGAUUCAGCCGAAAAAAAUUGCAGAAUUACGUGAAUGGUUUCAACAUUGCGAUUCUAUGCGAAAUAAGCAGCCAGCUCAAAUAUGUUUGUUGAGCGGGCCGUCUGGUUGCGGAAAGACGGCUGCAGUAUAUGUACUGAGCAAAGAAUUCCAGUUUUAUUUACAAGAAUGGAUUAAUCCUAUAGAUCAAGAGAUUAUAUACAAUUUGGGUGAUCAAGGCUAUGGAGAAGGAUAUAAAAACUCGCAAUCUGAAGCGUUUAAAAGUUUUCUUUUUAAAGCUUCGCGCUAUAGAUCGAUACUGGGAAUUACCAAUGAUAAAAGGCGCCUAUUAAUGGUAGAGGAUUUCCCUAAUUUUUUAUUAAAAGAUGGGGAUGCAUUCCAAGAGAUAUUAGAAGACUAUCAAAAUUAUGGCAAAUCGCCAAUAAUUUUUAUUGUCACCGAUAGUAAAAGUCGUGGCCUUAAUAUUAACUAUAAUCUCUUCACGGAUCAACUCAAGCAAAAAUUGUUAAUACAGCAUAUAAACUUUAAUGCCAUCGCUUCUACGCUUAUGCAGAAAGCCAUGAAAAGAUUUUGUUCCAUAAUUGCAAUGCAAACUGAAAAAGAAAUGUAUAAAGUUCCUGCAACCGUCAUAAUAGAUUCAAUAGUGGUCUCAGCUCAGGGAGAUAUACGUAAUGCUCUAAUCAAUUUACAUUUUGCUGCGUUAAAUGGAGUACCCGGAGUACUCGUGACAUCUUUAGAUAAGCCAAAGGAUAGCAAGUUAAUGAUAAAAAAGCGAAAAAGUCAAAACAGUUUAAAGUCGAUAGGUAAAGAUGAAUCAAUAACAAUGAUGCAUGCUUUAGGAAGGGUAUUUAAUCCAAAAUAUGUAGAUAAUCAAGAACGUUUCCUGCACAAUCCAGAAGAUAUUGUAGAUGCUUUCGUUACGGAACCAAAAAAAUUUACUGAUAUGCUGCAGACUAACUAUUUGUCGCAUUUCCGUGAAAUCGAGUACAUAGCUCCAGCCUCUAAUGGGCUUAGUUUAAGUGAUUUACUAUUUCAAGAAUAUCGUGAAGAUACUUUAGCUCACGUUGGUUUAAAUAUAGCAAUUCGUAGUUUAAUGGUAACCAAUAAACAACCAAUUACUGCUUGGCUACCUGUUAAAGCUCCUAAACGUUUAGUGUUGGACCAUCAAGCGAAGCUACCGAAAGAAGCUGCACAUCACUUAAUUAAACCUUAUAACGUCUCUUCGAAUCUCUAUAACACUGAUUACCAUACCUAUGUUAAAAUUUUAUCACAACAAAAUAAAUAA